CCGGCCCGGAACUUUACAUUUUUUCUUUUUGCUUUUUGCUCAUUUUCGCAUUCUAAAUCUCUCAUACAAAUCAUUCACUUGAUCCCAUGUGAGAAGGUAAAAUUAAUGUUCUUACUUUUCCAGCUUUUGAUCCUGAUCCAAAUCUUAGAGAAGCCUAUGUAAUCUCAAGACAUCCUGAAUUAAUUGUCUGUAAGUCUUGAAUUGCACCGAAGUAAACGCCAUGGAAUCUUCGCUGCUUUUCAACCAGCUCCAGGCUGCUGAACCCUUUUUCCUAUUGGCUGGUCCAAAUGUGAUUGAAUCGGAGGAGCAUAUAUUUAGGAUGGCUAAGCACAUCAAGAAUAUAUCGUCGAAGUUUGGUUUGCCACUGGUUUUCAAGUCGAGCUUUGAUAAAGCUAACCGUACAUCUGCCAAAUCCUUUCGUGGUCCAGGCAUGGUUGAAGGCCUAAAGAUACUUGAAAAGGUUAAAUUAGCAUAUGAUAUACCCAUAGUGACUGAUGUGCAUGAAACCAUACAGUGCGAAGCCGUUGGCAAAGUUGCAGAUAUUAUUCAGAUUCCCGCGUUUUUGUGUCGACAGACUGAUCUUCUAGUUGCAGCAGCCAAGACUGGGAGAAUUAUAAAUAUUAAGAAAGGCCAGUUUUGUGCUCCUUCUGUAAUGAAAAAUUCUGCUGAAAAGAUCAGAAUGGCUGGGAAUUCAAAUGUGAUGGUUUGUGAGAGAGGAACUAUGUUUGGAUAUAAUGACUUAAUCGUUGAUCCUCGGAACCUGGAGUGGAUGAGAGAGGCAAGCUGCCCUGUUGUUGCUGACAUUACCCAUUCAUUGCAACAACCUGCUGGGAGACAGUUGGGUGAUGGAGGUGUUGCUAGUGGUGGCCUACGUGAAUUAAUACCGUGCAUUGCAAGGACAGCAGUUGCUGUUGGAGUAGAUGGGAUAUUCAUGGAGGUGCAUGAUGACCCUAUGAACGCCCCAGUUGAUGGUCCAACGCAGUGGCCUUUGCGUCAUUUGGAGGAAUUGCUGGAAGAGCUUGUGGCAAUUGCACGAGCGAGCAAGGGUAAGCAGCAUUUUAAUAUCGACUUGACGCCAUUUCGUGAGUAGAGGCACGACGCACCAUGAAAGUUCGAACUGAGGUACGAUAGCUAUGAUUUGAAUACACCAAUUCUUGCUCAUUAUUGACAUUAUCGCUACCAAGUUAGUUUGAUUUUGUGUAGAUACUUCUGAUCUAUCUUCAUAUGAACUGAACAUGUUGCUUUAGUUUUUGUCUUAAACCAAUCAUGAACUAUUUGUCUUUUGCUUCUAAAUAUCAUGUUUCUUUGCUAU